AUGGGAGAGUCCAGCCUAGGUUUGUCGAAAUUCUUUGUUUCUAAUCUUCCGAACCGGUGUAGCUCUGUGGAUGUUGGGGAAUUUUUCAGUGUGUUUGGGAAUGUCGCAAGAGUUUACGUGGCCAGAAAGAGGGACAAAAACGGGAACAAUUUCGGCUUUGUCACGUUCAAGGGAUUUAAGGAUGUCAUAGAUUUGGAAGGCAGGUUGAAAGGUGUUAAAAUGGGGAAUUUUAAACUUCAGGUUAAUUUAGCCAAGUUUGCGGUGGAGAAUUCCGGGGUCUUGGACCCCCCUUUCGUCGGGUCAGUUCAUCCCAAUCGCUCAGGUAGUGCUGGUUAUGGUCAGGGCAAUAUGUUUAACUUCAGGGAUGGUAGAUCCUACUCCGAUGUUUUGGGUAAGAACAAAGAUAAGGGUAAGGUCUCUUCAGCCUCUGGAAGAGGUAGUGAAUUCGGAAUGGCUCCUGUGGAAAGGUCAGUUGUGGUGCCGGACAGAACCUUUGCUUUUAAGGAUUUAUCUGGAUUGGCGGUUAUCGGUAGAACGGUGGUCCUGGAAACCCUCGUUGACUUCGACAAACUCUUAAGGAUUGCUAGGGUGGACUUCACAAGGAUCCAGUAUUUGGGUGGUCUAUCAGUUUUGAUUUCUUUCCCUGAUGAUUCAGUGGCGAAACGUUUCUUGGAUGAUCAUAACAUUUGGGGGCCAUGGUUUAACAAGUUAGAACCCUGGUCGGGUCAGUCGCUGCCGAUGGAACGGGUGGCUUGGCUGAAGUUGCAUGGCAUUCCACUGAAUCUUUUGGAGGCUGAUGUUUUCAUGCAGGUCGGUGAGCUUUUCGGUAAGGUCCUUUUUGUCCCUAAAGAUAUCGAUGAGGAUCUGGAUUUGUCCGUUGUUAAGAUUGGAGUGUUAGUGGGUGAUGCUAAAUGGUGCAAUGAAUUGGUGUCGUUGAAAUGGACGAAUAAGGUCUUUAGAAUUUGGGUGGUUGAGGAACUCAACGACUGGGUCCCCGAAUGUCUGGAUUUUGAGGUUGAUGGUGGACCGGCUUCGGAAUCCACAUUGGUGUCUUCUCCGGUGGUUGAUCCGGUCACCUCUGGGGAGGAGGGAGUUGAGGGGUCUCAGAAGAUGGAAGGUCUAAAGGAAUUCAAAAGUCUUCUCAUAAUGAUGGCGUUCAGUCCGAGGUUAAGUCCCCCUUUCAUGUGCACGAGGACAAUCAUGACUUCCAGCCUUUUGUGGAGUCGAUGGCGGGCCCCCCUAAGCCUUCUUUGA